AUGCGCGGAAAACACCUCGAGAGCUCUAUAGAGGGUCUCAUCUUGAGAAUUGCAUGCGCCGGUUACAAAGGAUGUUCGGUUGAGGAAUUUCUCGCCACGCUUAUAUCUUUUUCCAGAGAUUCUCAGGGUCCAGGAAGGAAGAAGGCGGCAGAUCAGCCAACUGAUGCAGAUGCCUCAUCUAACCAGCUGCCCACUAUUUCACGUGUAACUGAGGGAAAUAGAAGUAUUUGGCGCUGGGUCACGGCAAGACCUGACGUGUCCGUCGGCGAGAAUAGACAGUGGAACCACCUUACCCUCGACGAGCUUCUAUCCAUUCCCGAAGAUGGAUCACAGCCGCUUCCAACGGAAUCUUCCGGCCUUCUCUCACCCGUUUUACAAAGUUCGGCAGAGGAGAGAGCUCCGUCAGCCGAGCUGCCCUUGGUCCGACCUAGAAUCUAUGUCACCGAGAGCAGGCUGUGGGGAUGUCUAACCGGUCAUGGAAUCGACUACCAGAAAGUCACUAGGUUCGAGUGGCUUGCACUUGUUGGCAUUGCAUCCGUCAUGGAAGACGGUAUUCUACAAGGAGACCUUACUAGAUUGGUCGGCCAGGAUAAGCGCUCACUUCCCAAGCGGACCGAUGCACUGGCUCGGAAAGGAUACAUCGCAAAAAGGCCAAUCCUUGCGCGCGGAUGCAAGACCAGUAAGCUUUGGCUGAAGCCCUUCGCGCCCACUGUCCAAAUCAAGAAGCACUCCACCGAAACUAUUGCCGAGAUUUGUAACACUGAUUUCCCACGCGAUGCCAUCGUUGGCGAUCUCGAGCCCGUUCCCUGGCGCCACCACUGGUCCGGAAAUACCAUCGACUAUGCCACACUUGGGCGAUCGAUUAUGGGUGUGGUCAAAGAGUUUGGCGUCAUUCGAUAUCAAGACUUGCGGAUGAAGCUGGGCGUGGCCGGGCAUCCUUGGCAGAUGAAGGUAGUCACUCGGACCUGCCGAUUUUUCAUCGAACUUGGCCUGUUACAAUACGUGACAGCAAGCAUGGGAAACAGAAUAUUUCGCGACUGUAUCAAAUUCAAAAGGGACAUCACACCAGAGGAUCUGGCCGCUUUCAUAUCCGGUGGCGGCUCUGCUUUCAAGGUCGGGAACAAUCAUGAACCGAAAAAGCUCAGUGCGAAGAUGCCUAAGGAUGAUGCCAUCGGUUCAAAUCCCACCGAAAGGUGGUGUCCAGACAAGCCCCUGACCACAGGAGUCCUCGAGGUAAUACUAGGGUCAGGAGAGAAGGGCAUCACAAACAAAGGUCUCGCUUUCAACACCAUUGGUGUCUUUUUCGAGCGCCACGUCGCAGCUAUAUCAACCGCUGUCUCCCUGAAGAACCUCCAGCCUGAUCACCUUCGCCAGUUUCGCGCCCGCAAAGAAUUCUGUCGGAGUGGCCGGUUCGCUUUCUACAAGUUCUUCCCCGAUGAGAAGCCGCCGCGAGCCAGUCCAUACGGAACCCAAUCCAGUGAAACUAUAUAUGGCUUCGGUCCUAGCCGGCUCGGGCGUCCCAGCCCCAAUAGUGAGCCGCAUACGAGGAGUGCCAGGGCCGCCGUGAGUGGCCGCAAACGACCAUUCCAUUUCGAUGCUGUCUCGGACGGGAAGGGCAAGAAGAAGAGGAAGACAGGGAUGGCAGUGUCGGAUACGGUGUCGAUUGAGAAUGAGCAGAUCGUUCCCGCUCGAAAACGCGGUCGCCCACGUAAAGAGCCCGCCAGCGAAAGUUCCAGAAAACCAAAGAGAAAAGUACCAUCCGCAUCGAACGGUAAACCAUUUACGUGCGAGAAGUGCGGUGGUUCUUGGAAGAAUGACGUUGGUCUGAAGUAUCAUCAAAGGAAAUCCCGUACGCCAUGCAACCCGGACUUUGUUGCAAAACCACUGCCCCGCGUCAACCGUGUUUCCCAUCGGGGUCAUUCCCGAAAAGUCCCUGGCGCGACUGGACGAGCAGUGGAAUCUAAGGCCUUGAGGAACUUCAGGAAUUGGAAAGGUGAUAGCACUAUACAGGUCCGACCCUUCACACCCGAACAACCACCGACCACGGGCCCAUCACCCGUACGCGACGAUUCUUCGAACAAUACUCAAAUUUCUAACGACUUCGGUAGCCUGAUGGCCGCACAAGAGCCGUUCAUCGGUGGCUUGAUCGACGACUGCCUCGUGCAAACCCGGGAUAGUGCCAUCGACCUCUCGCAUCAUCCGGACAGGCCAAGUCCGUCCAGUAAGAAGCGAAAUCAAGGGACUCGAAAGACGCGAGGACCAUGUCUAUCUCCUUCUCGGAAGGGCGAAGUGUUGUUGCAGCGCGCGGCCCAGGACUCCAGUACAUUGGCCUUGGGUAAUCCUACCCAAACUCCUGAGAGAUCUAGUGUGCAUCCUGAACCAGAAAAUACUGAGACACAGUCUUCGGUUACGCCUCCUGUCACUGCCAAUGGCAUCAGCAGCGCCAAAACCCCUGGAAUCGCCUCCCAAGGCGCCGACGAUCUCCAAACUAAGCUCCGUUCAGUACCAGCAUUCGAACCCUCCCCGGCACUACUGGACACUGCUCUGAUCGGGGAUGCGAGGGAUGUUAUACGGGCCAAGGAGAUCAUCAAAUACCUCAUAAAAAACAAUGAUGGCGCAUUUCCAUCGCGGAUUUCUCUGUGGCACGCUAUUUUGAAGGUGUGGCAUAAGACAUUCACUGGUGACAACAUCCCAACCUACACAAUUAGCCAACGUGCAGUGAAGGAGCUGGUAAAGAAAAAGGAGGCCGUCGAGAACACCUUUGCAUUCCGCAACUCCGCCGGAACGAUAUCAGAUUGUUAUCUGCUUGUGGAAGCUGGGAUCGAUCCUAAUCUUCCACGGUUCCAGGAUUUAAAAGCACGGAUGAAAGAGUCACAUCCUCGACCUUACAUCCCCCCUGAGUUCUCGCAUGCUAGUACCGACGCACCUACAGACGAUGAGACCGGUGGGCCGCAAUGGGGAUCCGGCCGUAGAAAACAUGUCAUGUCCGUCGAGGUGCUGGACGCGCCAGUAUACAUGACGCAAGCAGCCCAGAGGAGGUCCUCCCUUAGGGAAGGGUCCAAAGCUACAAGACGAGCGGGUCGCGCCUUUAAGGUAACCCCGGCUUCAGCGUGGUCCCAGAUGACGCGGGAGUGGCGGCACGCGAACGGUUACAAACAAAUACGAUUCCUAAAGCCCAAUACCCACCUAGGUGAAGAGGGUUCGACGGGCGCCGUUGACCCGCGCAGUUUGGCCAUUCCACCCCAGUUUGCCUCCCCUAGUGAUGGCCCAUCGCAGAAUAGCAAGGAUGACUUCGAGGGUUCGACGGAUGGGUAUCCAGAUAUUCGGUUCACGGAGUGUGUCGAAAUUGAACAGGCCAACAGCGAAUGGCCAACCGCCGACAACGACUUCUUCGAAUCCGAAGGCUGCAGCUUCACACUCGUUGGCCCCAUGCCAGACCGCGAAGCAGUUGCCCAGCACAUGCGUCAACCUAUGGCCUAUUCUAGUCUUGGAAAAACGUACGGCUCUAUGUACGGCUCAUUUCUGGCCCAGGAGCAACCUGAUUACCUCUUUGCGCGACCUGUUGGGCCUAGUACUACCCGUGCGACACCAGCCAGGGGUCGACCGAGGAUUCGUCGUGAUCGGUUGCUUCCAAGGCCCAGGCUAAAGGAGCGUAUCUUGACCGGUAUUGAGGAUGAAAGUGAAAUCCAUCAAAAUAAUCUGCUCGUCGAAAGCGUCAGAAUCGAUGGCUUCACGGUCGAGGAAGCGCUCACAGUUGCAUUCAUUGCUGUCAGGACUCUGCUCGGAGGAUCCAGCAAGGCAAUUGAUUGGGGAUUGCUCGUGAGGCUCUUCCCAGGUCAGAGCUUGAAUGACCUCCGCCGAUUCUGGAUCAAGCUCUCGAAAGACCGUGUACAUUUCCUAACAAGCUUCACCGAGAAGUUUCAGGAUGCUUUCCUCAAGGCGUAUGAGAAUGGUGAGCUACCGCCCCUUGAUUACGACAACAUCCCGGGAUAUGACUGGCAAUCUUUGAUCCUGUGGGCUAUCGAACUGCGGCGUACCAAUUUCGUCAAGCUACCCAUCAAGAAAUCCGGGAGCGGUGAGCGCGCUAUGACACGUGGAUUCACUCUUGAUGAUCAACCAACGCAACCUCGCCAUUGGCACGAGCGUUUCUAUCACCAACAAGCUUCUAUAUUCAGCCGAUUCGAACUUUCAACCUCUGAAGCUGCAGCCCUUGAGGCCUUCUCUCGGAAGCAGGAUUCUCCCAGUAAUAUGGAGCCCACGCCUGCUCAAGUCGCCAUGUCGUGGGUGCGAGCGCUCUCCACAACCCCUCCCGAGAAAUGUCCUCCUGAGCUUGUUAAGAGCAAGCUUGCGACACUAGCCGCAAGCCGAGACGAAGUCAACGCGAUACUCGACGAAGCAGUUACGAGUCUAAACACUCGCCGAAUCAUAACUAAACGCAUUCGCAGCAAGCCUUAUAUGCUAAGUCGGCCCUUCCAGAGCAAUCUCGCGAAGUUUGGCCAGGAGAAAAAGCUCCGCGCUGCAUCAGAGUUCAAGGCUGUCUUAGACGAUACGUUCCGUCGUGGAGACCCUUUCAAGAUCCCCUUCCUAACUGAGGACGGUGCGAACAUGGCACUUAUCAACCUGUACGCCUGCGGCCGCCUCAGCAUCACCGGCACCAACGUACCGGAUAUUCCCCUGGGGUUCAAGCCCGGGAAUUACGAGAGCCGUAAAAUGCCCAAGUCUCACCUGCUCUUCGGCCUAGUGGCUACCCCGAGUAACAGGUACCUCUUCGACGAAGACAUCGACAUCCUAAAACUAGCCAAGGAUACCCUACCCCCAGUGGAUGCGCCCAGCAAGCUUACCCCAUUCUGGUGCGACUUCUUCGGCGAAAUCAACUUCGCCAUGUGGACAAAGCUUCUCGGUCUGACGAAGGCUUAUCUCGAAGAGUUUGACUUGCGCUUGCUCGUUGACUGGGGCAAGGAGAUUGGACUGUUCGCUGAGGAUCCUAAGAGCGGCGGGAUUACGGUCACAGAAUGGUGGUGGCUCGUAGUGGGCCGGCAGACGGUAUGGCCGGAGCCCACAGAGGAGAAGCCGCAGGGGCCGCCGAAGGAGAAGGCGCCUCGGCCGAGGGGCCGGCCCCGAAAGAAGAAGGCCGCCGAAACCGAGGCUGUGGCUGUGACCGCAGAGGUCCAACCAGCUCAGCAAGUUUCUUAG